GAGAGAAUGGAGUUCCGACUCUCAAAGGCGUUGAAGAUUUCAAAGAGUGGAUGAUUGACGCCGGCUUGGAGGGCCGAGUCGAGAUUUUCAAGGAGACGCCGCCCGGGCCACCUCCAAACGGGACCUACCAAGCUUUCCUCAUCGACUCCGGCAGCGUGGACGACUUUGGCCUCUCCGGCACCCAGAGGGCCGUCCUCAGCUUCAUCAUCUCCGGCUUCAUCGGCAAAACGUUCAGCGGCGACGGCGGCGUGAGGAAUGUCCUACUCAGCGACUUCAGCUUCGAUCCCAAGGCCCUGGCGGGCACCAUCAGCCUGGACCCUGGCUUCGUGGACGGCAACGACUCGUGGGUGACGCGCUUCCCGGACACCAUCAACGACUUCAUCGUGGACGAGUUCCGGGAGGUUCAGGACGGAUUCCUCAUGGGGCGGACGUACUUCGGUCCUGAGGUGGAGGUGGGGGACCCCACGCUGUUCGAAUGCGGGCUGGUGAGGGUGGCGCUGGCCCUGCCGGAGGGGAAGACGGCCAAGGAUGCCAUUCUGGGUGCCCGGGAGGAUGGCGAGGAGGAGAGCGCGGAGGAAGACGGCCAG